AACACUCAAACAAAAAGUGGCUUCGUAAGUAUACCUAGGUACAAAUUUAUAGAAGAAGAAAUAACAGAGAAAUUUGGUGUGAGAAAGCGAAGAGCAGGUGGUUUGAAAGUGUUUGCUGGAGCUCCACUACCACACCCACUGUUGGAUCCUUCCUCUGCUUCUCAGACGAUACAUUUUCUCACUUCAUCUUUUUCUACUUCUAUUUUCUGCCUCCUACUAGGCGAAAUGCAGAAUUCAGAUGCAAAUCAGCUUCCUGAAGUUGAUUCGUUGCCAGAUGGGUUUGUUGAGAGUACUACAGAGCCUCUUGCUCCUGCAACUCCAACUCCUGAGCAAGAGAAGCCUCUGAAUAGUUACAAGGAUGAUGAUUCAUCCGACCUUAUUCAUUCUAAUGAACUAUCAAACGACAUUGGAGCGAAAGAGUUUCAAACCAAUCAUGACUGCUCGGUGGAGAUUUCCUCUAGUAGCUGUAUGCAGCAGAAUGAAGGUGUACAGAUUACACCUCCUGUAGCUGUAUCUGUUCCCGAGUCUCCACCAUCCAGAUGCUGCGAGGUAAAGGAGCCACAACAAGGAGAAUGCCAAAGUUCAGAUGGAUCAACUGUUGUACCUUUGGAGGCAAAAGCAUUGCCUGUAAAGAAUGUGUGUUCAUCAGAGACUGUUGAUUCUUCAAAAAACAAAAAAUCGGAAACUGGUGAAAAGCGAAAAAGUGCAAAGCGUACUCUUAAAUCAGAGAAGGAGCUUUUAGAAUUUACACUCAAUUAUCAACAAGUGUUGGCAGAAAGAGAUGCAGCUCUUGCCGUCCGAGAUAAGCUUGAGUCACUAUGUAGAGAAUUACAACGUCAAAAUAAAAUGCUGAUGGAAGAAUGCAAACGUGUAUCAACUGAGGGGCAAAAUUUAAGGUUGGACUUGUCAACCAAGUUUCAGGAUGCAAUCAAGGAUGUCAGCAAUAAACUUGAAGAACGCAAGGAUGAAUGCCUUUCUCAGCUUAAAGAGAACGACAUGUUAAGAAACAAGCUAAAGCAGCUUGCUGAACAGUAUGAACUCUCUGAGCAACAAUAUGCACAGAAGUUGAAGCAAAAGUCUUUGGAACUCCAGCUUUCUGAUUUAAAAAUUAAGCAGCACGAAGAAAAAUUGAUUCAGGAACAGUCACAGAUAAAAUUAUAUGCAGAACAAGUAUCUCAGUUAUUAGCAACUGAAAAGAGUUUAAGAUUGCAGUUGACAACUGAUGGAGAAAAAUUCCAACAAUUUCAGGAAGCAUUGUCAAAGAGCAAUGAGAUUUUUGAAACAUUCAAACAAGAGAUUGAGAAGAUGGCAAAAUCAAUCAAGGAACUCAAGAAGGAGAAUCAAUUCUUGAAGAGUAAAUCUGAGAAGUCUGAUGUUACACUCAUAGAGUUAGUUGAUGAGCGUGAGCGCUUGAAGAAACAAUUGGAGAAAACAAAAAAUCAGAAAGAAAAACUUGAAUCAUUAUGCCGGUCUCUGCAAGCAGAAAGGAAGCAAAAUUCUUCCGAGAACAAGAGCAAUAGCUCAGUUCAAACAUGAAGAGUUGGUUCCUAUUUCCUAGCAUCUAAAAAUAGAUGAUAACUUCUGGACGGAAAUGUAUUUUCUAAUACUACGUUUUACAGUGACAUGGCUUUGGUUUGACAGGGAAUUGGCAUGCAGUUACAUGAAUAUGAUUAUUUUUGCUA